GCUGCUCUCGGGAAUCGGCAUCGGAAUCAAAAUCAAAUUCGAUAAGUUACAAAGUUACAAAGUCGAGCCCCCAGAAGUGGCCAGAGUCGGAUUUACGGAUCUCGACCUCGUCGGUAAUUUGGUGCGUUUGCGUGCCAGUCGACCAUAUAGAAUAUAUAGAGUCGACAAUCGAGAAUUGAGAAUCUCGAGUCUUGAAUCGAGAAGCGCGAAUCCAGACCUGUCCCUCCGCCCUGUCGCCUCCAAUAAAUUAUUAUAAUUAGCAUAGUUGAGGGGACAUCGAGUCGCAGCCGCAGUUAAACGGCAGUGGAAUUUAGCGCUGCUAGUGGAAAUUUUGUGAAAACAAAAGGGGAAAAAUUCCAAUCAGCCGGCGCCAUGUCCGCUGGCAAUGCGAGCCACGCUCUUGGACCGCCGCGCGAUCCGCUGGCGAUUGUGAUACCCGUUACGGUCAUCUACUCCCUGAUCUUCGUCACCGGAGUGGUGGGCAACAUCAGCACCUGCAUUGUGAUCAAAAAGAACCGGUCGAUGCAUACGGCCACGAAUUACUACCUUUUCUCACUGGCCAUUUCGGAUUUCCUACUACUGCUGUCGGGAGUGCCGCAGGAGGUGGCCUACAUCUGGUCCAAGUACCCCUAUGUUUUCGGGGAGUACGUCUGCAUUGGACGGGGUAUGCUGGCGGAGACAUCAGCGAAUGCCACGGUGCUCACGAUUACGGCCUUUACGGUGGAGCGUUACAUAGCCAUUUGCCAUCCCUUUUUGGGCCAGGCCAUGAGCAAACUCAGUCGCGCCAUCCGGAUUAUUGUGCUGAUUUGGAUUACGGCCGUGGUCACGGCCAUUCCGCUGGCAGCCCAAUUCGGAAUUCGGCAUACAUUGGGAGUCGAGCGGUGCGACAUAGUGCGUGUUAUUGUGGAGCACUCGUUCGAGCUGUCCACUUUCAUAUUCUUUCUGGCCCCGAUGUCCAUCAUCCUGGUGUUGUAUCUGCUGAUCGGUGUGCACCUGUACCGGUCGACCUUGGUAGAGGGUCCUGCCUCGGCCGCGAGGAGGCAGCAGCUGAAGAGCGUGCCCAGCGAAACGAUCCUGUACCGAUAUGCGGGGUACAGUACCGCUGUCAAUCUCAAUGGAACGGGAGGAGGAGGAGGAGCGGGUGCACUGGGCGGCUCGGGGGCUCAACUCAGCUCUGUGAGGGGUCGGCUCAAUCACUAUGGCACCCGGCGAGUACUCAGGAUGCUAGUGGCCGUGGUGGUGUGCUUCUUCUUGUGCUGGGCCCCCUUCCACGCCCAGCGCCUAAUUGCCAUCUACAUCCCCCAAUCCAUUGUGGUCGUCUACACGGUGAUGACCUACAUCUCCGGGAUCCUCUACUACCUGUCCACCUGCAUCAACCCGCUGCUGUACAACAUCAUGAGCCACAAGUUCCGAGAGGCCUUCAAGGCCGUGCUCUUUGGCAAGAAGGUGUUGAAGGGUUCGCUGAACUCGCGCAAUAACAUCGAAUCGCGGCGAUUGAGACGGGCACUAACCAAUUCCAGUCAGACGCAGCGCGUCUCCAUUGAGUCGGCGGAGCAGGCGAAACAGUCGAAUCCCCUCAACAAGCCGCCAGUCGCCUCGCAGUACGCCAUGAUCAAUGCCAUGAAUUCUGUCUAAGCCAGUUAUUUGCCGUCGUUGGGUAUCUACCGCUAUUGCUACUGCUACCAAAGCGUUAGGUUAAAACUGCUUUUGCAUUCAUUUGCAUUUGGCAAUUAGAAGUUAAUCACAAGCGCGCUCUCUCCUCCAGAUUAAGUUUUUCAUUCAUGCAGCGCCGGAAAUCGAAGCUGAAUCGGGCUGGGAAAACGCCCGAACUAGUCUUUCAAGUAUUUAGAAUUAUUUAGUUUAAGAAUAGUCUGACCUUUUAACUCAUACUAUUCAAUAAACUGGUGCUCUUUAAACUAUGGUCAGAGCUCAGGGGGACUUACUCUUAAAUAAGCCUGUGAGGUUUAUAGCUUAAUAAUAUUUACUGCUCAUAUAAAUCACUCACUUAGUGAACACCCACCAGAUAUAUAUAAGAAUGUUAUUCAAAAAGAAUCAAUAAAUAAAUUCUAUGACUUAAUGGACCGCGUUCCUAAAUAUUAACAAAUAUUAAGCAAAAAUGUUGUUAUUUAAAUAAAACAAUAAAUUUUAUCCCAAAUUUAAAACUAUAAUAAAUAACCAAAUGUUUUACAAACAUACCAAAGUGAAACACAGAUGAUAAAUAAUAAGCCUUAUACUAAGCAGCUUCCAAUACGUGUAGAUCCUUAAUACAUAUUCACUUAUCUCAUAUAAAAAAUUGUAUAUUUAAGCAACUGUUAACCCUAUUAAGAUAAGAGUUUAUAAAUAACUAUAUUCAGUAUCCAACUCAAUUCAAAUGGCGGACCAAGUUCGUUUACUAACCAGAUAUUUAUAUGUAUAUUGUGUAUAUAUCCUAGGGAUACCUGAAAGGAUAAAAUUUCUGUAUUAAAAUUAUUCCCAUGGCUGCAAAUAAAGCUUAGCAUAUUCCGCUCCCGCUUA